AUGCCGGUUUGGACCGACAUCAAGAUCCCGGCCUUUGAGCAGAGGGAAGGCUUUUUGCCUGCCCCGGCUGCCAGCGUCUAUGGUGAGGUGCUGAGCGCCAAAGCAUACUUCCAACCACCGCGGCGGCCGCCCUUGCUUCAGAGGGCACUUUUCCCGGCUGAUGCUGUUGACCCAGGACCUCCUUCGGACAGUGAUGAGGAGCUUUUGUCGAGCUUGUCUCAGGACUUCCUUCACGCUGUAGAGAAGCAGGAGCUUCAGCGUGCAGAAAAGUGCUUUGAAGCCCUCAAUGGUGGGAGCGAGCAUUUGCAGAGGAUCAUAUCCUUGGCGGACACUGAUGGGAACACGGCACUGCACCGAUGUGUUACUGCCGAGCAGACAGGUGCUCAGCCGCGGUUGGCGCAGCUGCUGGUGGACGCCAACUCCCCGGUCGACACCUCCAACGUGCUCGGGGAGACGCCGCUCUUGGCCGCGGUCAGAGCGCAAGCGACUGCGGAUGUCGUAGAGGUGCUUCUACAGGCACGAGCAGAUCCGAAUCAUCAGGAUGCAUUAUCGGAGACUGCCCUCAUGGAAGAUUCUGGCCGGGCCUGUGAGCCUUGGUUAGUGACAUACAAGGAGAAGUGGAAGGACCUCAUAGAGAUGGAAUGGCAAGAGGAGCUACGGGUCGUGGAGGAUCGACUUCAGCACUGGCCAUUGGCCAAGUUGGUGGGACAGGGAUUUUGCAUCACGGACCUGGAAGCUCGAAAGAGAGGCAACUUCUUCGGCAAGGCAAAGAUUGUUUUCUCGAAGCUGGACAUGCCAAGGCACCAGUUCUCUUCUGGGGAUGAAGUCAUCGUCUCCUUAGGCAACCCUUUGGACAAGAAGGCGUGGAAGGGGGAGAUCAUAGAGCUGGGUAUGAGCCGCAUAGCCAUCGUCGCCGACAGCCCUCCAUGGACUUUGUCUGGCCGUUGGCGAUUGGAUUGUGGGGCCAACAAGACAGCAUACGAGAGGACCAAGUCAUCGCUGGGAUAUGUUACGGGCUCCAAGUACAAGGUGCCCGAUAUGCGGCGGCUGGUGCUAAACGAGGAGGGCGAGCAGUUUCUGCAGCCUUUGCCUGGUGGUGACUCUGAACCAAGCCAUCAGGCUGAAUUGAACGCCUCUCAGCAGGCGGCCAUCCAAGCUGUUGAAGCCUUCAACCUUGGCUUAAUUCAAGGACCACCAGGUACAGGCAAAACAACAACCACUUGCCAGAUGAUCAGCGGCAUGGUAGAGCGGAGGAAGAAGGAGGGCUUGCGAUCUUGUGGCGUUUUGGUUGCAGCAGAUAGUAAUGUCGCAGUCGACCAGCUACUGUCUGGUCUAAUUCGACUGGGAGUGAAGGCACUACGCAUCGGCUUCCCCUCGAAGGUAAGUCAAGAGUUGCGGCAGCACACGCUGCUGGCGCAAGCGGAAGAACACCCACUGAAUGCAAAAAUUGAAGAGACGCGGGCAGCUCUCGCGCAGGUGAAAGAUGCACUGUACUCAGGACAGCUGAAGGGGAAAGGAAAAGGCUUGGCGCAUCGUGAUAUAUCGCUGCAUGUGCGAGACAUCCAGAAGUUUGAGCAGCAGGUAAGUGAUGAGCUGAUCGAUGCAGCGGAAGUUGUUUGCUCGACACUCAUUGGCUGUGGCUGUGAUGCCUUGCUGCAGAGCUCCUUCGACACAGUCAUCAUCGAUGAAGCAUCACAAGCCACAGAGCCACGGUGCUUGGUGGCUUUCCAGAAAGCAAAGAAGCAAUUCAUUAUGGUGGGUGAUCAGAAGCAACUGCCACCAGUCGUGCUAUGUCAAGCUGCUGCAGAGAAAGGACUGCAGUAUUCCUUGUUUGAUCGGCUGCUGAACUCGCCAACGCUCUUCAAUGAGGAAAUAAACAUGUUGCAGGUGCAGUACCGCAUGCACCCCCUGAUCAGAAAGUGGCCGAGCAUGCAGUUCUAUGGCAACAAGCCGCAGGAUGGCCUGUGCAGCCAGUCAUUUGCUUCAAGCCUCAUGAGCCAGCCAUUCCUCUCACAGUCCUAUCGACGGAAAACGCCGAUCCUCUUCCUUGACACAUCAUCCACUUCGGCCGAUUUCUUGGCAGCUUUUGGUGGAAAUGUGAGCUUCGAGAACUUUGAGAGCCAAAACAACGAAGGGAGCAAGUACAACCUUUUGGAAGUUGAACUGGUGAAGGUCGUGUUGAAGAAACUGAUGCAGGAGAUGAACCCCCCUGAAAUUGUGGCCGGCCUGCGAGUUCUCGCGGGCCAGCACCAAUCUGGAGCCCUGGUGCCUGCUCGGGUAGCUGUGCCGUUGCUAGCAGCUUUGCUGCCCAUGCGGCAGGGGACCUUGAGAAGUUUCGUGGAGAAGGCGUGA